AUGCUGAAGCGACUCCUAAUCCCCACUAGAAUAAGGCUAGAAUAUCUAAGACACAACACCGCAACAGCAACAGCGACAGUUGCCGCUCCUCCCCAUGUGCCGGUACUCUGCGACACAGCCAUCGACUAUUUGAAGGAGUCUCCCGGCAGAACCUUCUUCGACAUGACCUUCGGGGCGGGGGGUCACACGCGGCGAUUACUGGAGGCCCUGCCGGAUGCCAAAGUGUACGCCUUGGAUCGGGAUCCAGUGGCCCACCAGCUGGCGCAGGAGCUGAGCGAAACGGCGGAAUACAAGGGGCGGAUCGUCCCUUUGCUCGGUAAAUUCUCCGACAUCCCACGACUCUUUGACGAGCAGAGCCUGGCCAAGCACUCGAUUGACGGCAUACUCUUCGAUUUCGGCUGCAGUUCCAUGCAGUUCGAUGAGGCGGCCCGUGGAUUCUCCAUCUCCCACGAUGGCCCGCUGGACAUGCGCAUGGAUGGAGGACGCAGUGGCGGCCUGAGUGCCGCUGAUGUCGUGGCCAAGGCCGACGAAGGAGAUCUGGUCAAGAUUCUGCGCAUCUAUGGCGAGGAAAAGGCAGCCAAAAAGAUUGCCAGAGCCAUAGUGGAUGCCCGCAACGCAUCGAUUAAGAUUGAGACGACGCGACAGCUGGCGAACAUCGUGGAGGAUGCCCUCGACAGUGGGCCGCGCAAGGACAAGCUGAAGCGUCCCGCGCAUUCGGCCACCAAGACGUUCCAGGCGCUGCGCAUCUUUGUGAACAACGAGCUCAACGAAAUCAACUACGGCAUGCUGCUGGCCAACGAAAUGCUGCGCCUACACGGUCGCCUGGUGACCAUCACCUUCCACUCGCUGGAGGACACCAUUGUCAAGCGGCACAUCGCUGGCAAUGUCAUUGCUGGCGCUGCUAAUCCCCUGCCCCUGAAGUACUCCAGCCAUGGGCUCGUUGAUGAUCCCGAAAUGCUACAAUCGCUGAGAGAAAACAACUGGCGGCAGCUCCAUAAACAUGUCAUUGUGCCCGACCCCGCAGAGGUCUCUCGGAAUAGUCGCAGUCGUUCGGCCAAGCUGCGGGCAGCAGUCAAGAUUAGUGGGCUCCCCGAGUUCUAUGAGGAGAGCAAAGAGUAGAGAAGUUUGUGGCUCUCUCUGGCUGUAUUUGGGCAAUUGCUUAUCGAUCCAACACCAAUUGACACCUUGCUGAUAAGGAGAACUGGUUCUUCUAUUCCAUUUGCUGAGGUUCUGUUCUGUUUGCCUUCGUGCAGAAUGGCUUGAGGCUCGAGGCGUAGUCUUAUUUUUGUUUAGUUAGAUUAGGAAAACGCUGUUAAUUGUGGCAGGUAAAAGUGUUCUCCCGUCUUACAGUGGGUUCGCAAGCCAAAAAUCGGUAUAGAAUUGUAAAUGAAAAAUAUAUGAAAUAUUUGUUGAAAAUGUUUUGAUCUUUUGGAUCUUUAAAUUUAUUAUUAGAAGUAUAAUCAAUUAAUUUUAGAAUUUCACUUAAAAGUUCCCCCAUAUCAGCUCUCAUUAUUACCCCUUAGGUCUAGAAAUAUUGCCUAACAUUCUGCCAAUCGUUUCCAUAGCAUGAAUUUCUUCAUUUUCGUAUCACUUCUGCAAUCAUUUCAUAAGUUCCAACCACCGAUAAGAUUUGAUGUAUGGAAAUUACUUUCGCAAAUGAUUUCCCUGGUAAUCCAUAUGUUGCUAUGAUUUCGUACUCCCUUUGCGGUUAUUCUCCUUGAGCUGGAAUGGAUCAAGCCCCUCCACAGACGUCACAUAAUGGUGUUAUUUACGGCUGGCACAUCGAAAGAUGUGACCCGCGGAACCUGAAACUCAGCACUG